GGCUCGCGGGGAUUUAGUGCCGUGCCGUGCCGUGCUCUCUGGACCCGGAGCCUCCGCGAGGAAAUGGGACUCUCUGCAUCUAUGGUUACAUGAACGUCAGCGCUGCAGGCCCGAUGCCGGUGAUGGAGGAGCUAGUCAGUGAGAGCGACAGCAUGCUGAAGCGGAUCGCUCUGAUCUGCUUCCUGUCUCUGGUCAUGCUGAUGAGCAUCCUGGGAAACCUGCUGGUGAUGGUGGCCGUGUGCAAGGACCGGCAACUCAGGAAAAUCAAGACCAACUACUUCAUCGUGUCCCUGGCGUUCGCCGACCUGCUGGUGUCGGUGCUGGUGAUGCCGUUCGGCGCCAUCGAGCUGGUGCACCAGCACUGGAUCUACGGAGAGACCUUCUGCCUGGUGCGCACCUCGCUGGACGUGCUGCUCACCACCGCCUCCAUCAUGCACCUGUGCUGCAUCGCCCUGGACAGGUACUACGCUAUCUGCUGCCAGCCGCUGGUGUACCAGAACAAGAUGACGCCCAUGCGCGUGGCUCUGAUGAUCGGCAGCUGCUGGGUGAUUCCCGCCUUCAUCUCCUUCCUGCCCAUCAUGCAGGGCUGGAACAGCAUCGGCAUCGACCACCUGAUCGAAGAGCGUCGCCACAGCGACGGCACCAACUCCACGUCCUGCGUCUUCAUGGUGAACAAGCCGUACGCCCUCACCUGCUCCGUGGUGGCCUUCUACAUCCCGCUGGUCCUCAUGGUGCUGGCCUACCAGAGGAUCUACGUCACGGCCCGCGCCCACGCCCUGCAGAUCAGCAUGCUGAAGCGGGCGGGCGGAGCCGGCACGGACUCCGCCGACAACCAGCGCAACCACCGCAUGCGGACCGAGACCAAGGCGGCGAAGACCCUGUGCAUCAUCAUGGGUUGCUUCUGCCUGUGCUGGGCGCCGUUCUUCAUCACCAACGUGGUGGACCCCUUUAUAGACUACACGGUGCCGGACAAGCUGUGGGCCGCCUGCCUGUGGCUGGGCUACAUCAACUCCAUGCUGAACCCCAUCCUCUACGCCUUCCUCAACAAGUCCUUCCGCCGUGCCUUCCUCAUCAUCCUGUGCUGCGGGAAGAAGAGGUACCGCCGGUCGUCCAUCCUGGGGUCCGGCGCCCCCUGCACCGCCACGCAGAUCAACGGCUCCACACACGUGCUCAAGUAA